AUGGAUCGCUAUCGAACAACUAACUAUAUCCGGUCGCCGAAAAAAGGAUCCUUGGUUUAUCGCAGUCUCGACUUGCGUCUCCAGAGCGCCGCGGCGGCAUAUUACUUGAAGUGGAGCUGCAUCUGCCUCCUGUGGCUGAUAGUGCUUGGCAUCGACUUAAUACGGAUACACCGAUCCUGCUGCCCUGAACCCCGUUAUAGAUGGGUUUUAUUCGGAUUCAUUUUCUUAGCCUUCAUUGCUCUGGUCUAUUUCGUUAAGUAUUUGCAUCUUUUUUUCAAGAGUGACCCUGUGAUUGGCACUGAAGAUCAAAAGCGCCUAUUGGAUGGCUUGGAUAACAACGGGGUGGAUACGGUUUUGGAUCUACCAAAGAUAGAACCUGUCAUCUGCGAGACGUCUGACACACUUAUUAACGAAAGUACCAUGCUCCUCAUGCGAAACUAUGCCUUAAGACGUUGUCUGUCGAACCAGGAACCCUCCCAGACUCUGAAAACCAAAAGUCGAACUGCUUGUCCCGAAGACUACCUCACCGAUCUUUGUCAGCUUCCAGCUCUCAUCAAUCGAGCGAAGCGGGAACGUAGACUCUUGGAGAAGAGCAUAAGUGUACCCGAGUUCCAGAGUCCGGCCUGCAGAGAGAUGAGCCAGCGACUUAGGAACACCGUCUACAAUUUGUCUCCGGCACCAGUAAGCAACAGGCCCAUAACCUUCGAAGAGUUUGGCACCGCGCACACCCAAAAGGGCAGCACCGAUCCUGCUCGAUUCUCCUCCCAACAAAUAAUGCAAUAUGUGGUUAAUUUGAGGACAUGGAUUCAAAACACCAUACUGAAGCGUCUGGUCAGGGAGCUAGACUUUGUGAACAAUGUGAUGCAACAGCGCGGUUUCGUGGGCUUCGAGAUCGGAACUGUGAGUUUGGACACCCUACGCCGGACUGUGGAGGGCCAGCGAAUCAUGCUGCCCGCUCUGCCCGCAGUGCUGGCCUUUCUGAACAUCACCGGGGACCAGAUGUACGUGGUACAGCGUAUCCGGGAGCUGGAGAAAUCCGCGCCCGAUUCAUGGAAUUCAGGCGUACGAGUGCCUACCGAUGCCGCCAUUAUAUUCCAUUUAUUCUGCGUUUACCUGGACACCCAGUUGAUGCCAUCUGAAGGAUCCGAGCCACCAUUCUCCUCCCGCUAUGUGGUCCAGGCCAACGCGCAACAUUCCAUAAGGGACAUUAUAAAAGCUGUGAACAACUAUGCAAACUUUGCCUUUUUGGUCACCAAUGACGAGGAUCACAGAAGGCCACGAUUUGAUUUUAUCUGCGGUGGGGAACUGCACAGAUGCGCCGACCAGAGAGGCAGCCCAUAUCAGGUGAUCAUUGAGUUCCUUAUGCAUCUGCGUCAGCACCAGGACUCUACUCUAGAGGGCGUCAGCCUGAACAAGAAUGGUGUUAACAUAAUGUGGGUUAUUGGAGAGUCGUAG